UUAGACAGUGUUGGAGACGGGAAGCAUGGCGGUGUUUGUAAGUCCCAAGUUAUUCAAACAAAAUAAGUUUGCGUUUGUAUUCAAUAAAAGCCACAUUAAAAUUAGUAGUGCAUUGAAUGCAAAAUUUAGUACAAAUAUUCAUCCUAAAAAAAAUGCAGAGUCUGUUGCCAAGUUCACAAAUGGGACUGAAAUGAAAAUAUCUAGUGGAAAAUACGCACGAUUAGCUGAUGGAUGUGCAACCGCAACAUUAGGAGAUACGACUGUAAUGUCCACGGUUGUUAGUAAAACUCAAGCUUCCAGUUCUUCGUUUCUUCCUUUGGUAGUAGACUAUAGGCAGAAAUCCGCUGCAGCUGGUCGCAUACCAAUGAACUUCUUGCGAAGGGAGCUUGGACCCUCUGAAAAUGAAAUUCUGACUAGCAGACUGAUAGAUAGAUCUUUAAGGCCACUUUUCCCACAGGGAUACUGUUUUGAUACUCAAAUUAUCUGCAAUAUGCUUGCAAUCGAUAAUUUAAAUGAUCCAGAUAUCUUAUCAAUUAACAGUGCCUCGGCUGCUUUAGCUAUUUCCGAUAUCCCAUGGAAUGGACCUGUCGGAGCAGUUAGAGUUGGUUUUGCAAGUAAUGAAUUGUUAAUCAAUCCAAAUAGACGAGACCUGCAACAAACUCAAUUAAAUUUAAUCGUUGCUGGUACAAAACAGAAUCAUGUUGUAAUGUUAGAGGCAACUGCAGAGAAUAUAUUGGAACCAGAUCUAAAGAAAGCAAUAAAGACAGGCAUUAAGGAAUGCCAAAACAUUGUGCACUCUAUUCAAGAACUUCAAAAAAUGAUUGGUAAACCGAAAAGAGAAAUUCCAUUAGAAACUGACAAUCAAAAGGAAAUUACUGACACUGUAAAAUUGUUAGCAAAUAUGAAAUUACGAGAGAUAUUCAUGGAUAGCAGUCAUGACAAACUUUCAAGGGAUGAGGCUGUAAAUAAGCUUAAAACUGACAUUCUUGAAAGCAUGAAACGAAGCUAUUCAGACUUGGAUGUAACUGCGGUUGUUAAUGCAUUUAAUGUUGUCUGCAGAGAAACAUUUAGAUCACUUAUCUUUGAAAAUAACAGCAGGUGUGACGGACGAACUUUAGAAGAACUACGUAAAAUAUCUUGUGAAGUGGACCUUUACAAACCUCUUCAUGGUUCGGCACUUUUUCAAAGAGGUCAAACUCAAGUUUUCUGUACAGUAACGUUAGAUUCUGCAGACAGCGCUUUAAAAUUAGACACAAUUUCCAUGCUGACCAGUGGAUUUAAAGAAAAGAACUUUUUUCUACAUUAUGAAUUUCCACCAUUUGCUACUAAUGACGUAGGGCGAAGUGGUCCUGCAGGUCGAAGAGAACUAGGACAUGGAGCCUUAGCGGAACGGGGCCUAAGAGCAAUUGUUCCUAGAGACUAUCCAUUUACGAUAAGAUUAACUAGCGAAGUUCUUGAGUCAAACGGGUCUUCGUCGAUGGCAUCGGUCUGUGCAGGCAGUCUUGCAUUGAUGGAUGCAGGGGUUCCGAUCUCUGCUGCUGCUGCAGGAGUUGCCAUUGGAUUAGUUACAAAAUACAGUCAAGAAAAUCCAGAUGUAAUUGAAGAUUAUAGAAUUUUAACCGAUAUACUGGGCAUUGAAGAUUACAUGGGCGACAUGGAUUUUAAAGUAGCAGGCACCAAAAAGGGCAUCACGUCCUUACAGGCGGACAUCAAAGUCCCUGGCCUUCCAUUGAAAAUCAUCAUGGAAAGCCUAGAAGCUGCGAGCAACGCGAAAAGUGAGAUAGUUGGUAUCAUGAACCAAGCAAUCUGCUCUCCGAGGCGAGAGAAGAAACUUAACAUGCCAGUUACGGAGAACAUUGAAGUUCCUAUACACCAGCGCGCAAAAUUUCUCGGUUUGGGCGGCGGCAAUCUGAAGAAAAUUCUCGUCGAAACCGGAGUUCAUGUGAACGCUGUGGACGAGACGACGUUUUCUCUGUUCGCUCCGAAUGAAACGGCGAUGCGCGAAGCCAAAGAAAUGAUCGAGCAGAUCUUGAAGAAGGACCGCGAACCCACUCUGGAGUUUGGUGGAAUCUAUAAGGCGAAGAUAACUGAACUGAGAGACACGGGAGUGAUGGUAACCUUGUACCCCACAAUGCCUCCAACUUUGCUUCACAAUUCGCAAUUGGAUCAGCGACAAGUGAACCAUCCGAGUGCUCUGGGUUUGGAAGUUGGUCAAGAGCUGCAAGUCAAGUAUUUCGGACGGGAUCCAGUCUCUGGUGUCAUGAGGUUAUCUCGGAAAGUUCUGCAAGGCCCUGUGAACUUGGUCAGAAAUCUGAUGCCUUCGUCUUGAGGGCCAGACGUGAAAGAUUGGGUUAGAGAAUCUACACGAACCGAGUGAUGCAUACAGGAAAGACUGUUCAUACACUGGUUGUUGGAGAGUCGAGUUUGUAUGAAAAGGACUACGAAGGAAUGUUGAGGGUGAAAUUCGCUCGCAAUUUAUACGUAGGCUAAUUCUGAAUUUCUGGGAGAGGAUAUUCGAUUUAUCAUCCAGUUGCCACCGUAGAGAAAUAUUUCUCAAGUGAAUUCCAGUCACUCAGAGUGCACCACAACGUAUCUAAUUGUCAGCAUAAUUUCGGUCUGAUGUAUAAUAAUGCAUCAGCUGCGGCCGCCGUUGUACAUAAUUAUUAUAACAUUUUGUGAAUAAAAUACAAUUCGCUCGGCUUCGUAAAACAGUA